AAUACACUUCUCUCAGUGACUGGUUUCUUCUGUCAUUUAAUCGCUGCAGCGGAAGAGUGGGUGUUGAUGAGUUGAUGACUGACAGAAGUGAUGUGAUAGCAGGUCUGCCAGGCAAGACAGAUCAGAGCAGACUGUCUGCUGCACAGUGAACCACCUGGAUGCAACACGUUACAGCAUAGACAGAAUGGAUUUCCCCAAUUACACUGAAGGGGUGUUUGCCACAAGCAACGUUAGCAGGAAUGACUCACUGGAGACCACUGAACUUCCCCCUAGUGAAAUCCUGCUUACUAUAACUCUGUCUGUGCUGGCCAUCCUCACCACAUUCUUCAACUGCCUGGUGAUAACAGCUAUUGCAGUCACUCGCAAGUUGCACCACCCAGCCAACUACCUCAUCUGCUCAUUAGCAGUGACCGACUUACUGGUGGCUGUGCUGGUCAUGCCCUUCAGUAUUAUCUACAUCCAGAAGAAGAGCUGGGUCAUGGGUCAGGUGGUGUGUACCUUCUGGUUAAGUGUGGAUGUCACCUGUUGCACAUGCUCCAUUCUGCAUCUUGCUGCAAUCGCCAUUGACCGUUACCGGGCUAUCACAGACGCGGUGGAGUACUCUCGCAAACGUACAGGAGCCAGAGCUGGUGCAAUGGUGGCAGUGGUGUGGCUCCUGUCCAUCCUCAUCUCACUCCCUCCUCUACUGUGGCAACACUACAGUGGCAAUGAUGACCAUGAAAAUGAGUGCAUCAUCAUCCAUCCUCACAUGGCCUUCACCCUUUAUUCAACACUCGGAGCAUUUUAUAUUCCACUGCUGCUCAUCCUCAUCCUCUACUAUAAAAUCUACCUGGCAGCCCAGACCCUAUAUAUGCGGAGGGAGGCUAGCCGGGCUAGCCGUCACUCAUGCAUGACCAAUGGCAGCAUGAUCCCCUCUACCUAUCCUGCUGGAGAUGGUGAUGUCGAUGGCGGGCCUCGAAGUCCUGAGCCUGUAAGCCCACCGGAAAAGUCUUUCUCUGAACCCUCAACAGAGGAAACUCCACGUGAACGGGUCCGUGUGUCUGUAAAGGCCUUUAAGUGCAAAUCACGACGGCACGAGUCACGCAGUGAAUCACGUCGUAGUCAGUUAUACCAAGGACCUCGAAUCUCGGGCUCACGAGAGCGCAAAGCAGCAUCCACGUUGGGGUUGAUAAUAGGGGCCUUUGUCGUCUGUUGGUUGCCGUUUUUUGUCAAGGAAUUGAUUGUCAACACCUGCGGUUCUUGCAGUACUUCAGGGGAAAUGGCCGACUUCCUGACAUGGUUGGGCUACCUUAAUUCUCUGAUCAACCCCCUGAUCUACACCAUCUUCAAUGAAGACUUCAAAAAAGCCUUCCAAAAACUUGUGAGGUGCAGUCAUUACCUCUGAUGAUUAUUUAUGCAUGAUCAAACCUGCACAUCAUCUAUAUAUGAGAGGAAACAAAAUUAAUGGCUUCAGGUCAAAAAUACUGACUGAAUAAAUGAGUUAUUAUGUCUGAAAAACAAUAAUUUAAAAGAGCAAAAGGAUUGAUACUGGAAAAGAAACUUCAUCGGCCACUUCAGCAGCCUAAAUGGCACCGACUCAGCAAUGAGAUGGUGCGAGUUCCCAAUUGAAAAUCAAGUCCUGCUAUUUAUAGAAGAGCCUGAGACCUCAUUGAUGUUAAUUGGAGUACGUAAAGGGACACUGAGAAAAUGUGCCAUCACUGACCUUUUUUGAGGCCUGAGUUCUGAGCAUUAGUGA